AAUAUCUUAUAAUUAAUAUCUUAAUAUUUUAAAUAUAGAUAUUAUAUCCAAUAACUAGAUAAAUAUUUCCAAAGGAUCCACCAGGUUAUAACUGAAUUUAUCAAAAAAAUUUUUUUAUAAAAACCACUUAAGAAUUAAAGACAAUUUCAGGAGAAAUGAAUUUCUUUUUAAAGGUUUGAUAUUAUACACAUAAAAAUGGGUCUAAAAUGGUUCCGAGCACGUUUGUCAAUAAAUAAAAAAGGGGCAUACAAAAUUUCAACAAUGCCAGGCAUAUACAGAAGAGUUUCGUAUUCUGAAUCUAAUACAUUGGCAAUGAGGAAAAACGAAUAUUCACUGUCAACUGUGUCUUCUUCGAUUGCAAAUGACUCAACAAAUGCCAAUAAUAAAGAAGACCUUACAAGUCAAUCACAAUCAUUAAAUACUGAUUUGGAACAUGAUGAAUACGUAGCUCAAAAUGAGGAACUUGUUGCAUCUAUCAAAGAAUUAAAGAUGGUAAAACAAUCGUCCAUAUACGAAGAAGAAACGAAUGAAACAAAUGAAGAUCAAAAUCAUGUUUCAAAUAUGAAAGAUAGUACUUGUCAAGAAACUGAAUUAGUGAUUUAAAAAAUGAUAAAAAUGUCAUGAAAUGGUACACGUGAAAGUAUUUCGAAAAUAUGUAUAUCAAUUCGCAUU